AUGGAUGUGAAUGCUCUCCGGGAUCGUAUCCAGGCCACUCUCGAUGCCAAUGCGGACAAUCGACGACAGGCCGAGUUGGACCUCAAAUAUGCCGAGACUCAACCAGGCUUCAUCAACGCUCUCUUAGAUAUUCUGCAGGCCGAGCAGAAUAACGCCGUUCAGCUGUCUGCUGUCGUGUACCUGAAAAACCGAAUCAACCGCGGCUGGGCUCCUCCUGAGGACAGCACCAGCCCUCACAAACCCAUCGCCGAUGAAGAGCGCCCGGCUCUUCGCGAUCGAUUGAUUCCGAUUCUCGCGGCGACGCCGGCAAAUGUGCGCGCCCAGAUUAUCCCAAUCGUCACGAAGAUCCUCUCAUAUGAUUUUCCUGAAAAAUGGCCCGGGUUUAUGGCCAUCACACUGCAGCUACUCAACGCCAACGACGCAAACUCCGUUUUCGCUGGACUCCAAUGCUUGCUGGCAAUCUGCAAGGUGUACCGGUUCAAGAAUAAUGAGAAUCGAGCCGACUUUGAUAAAAUCGUUGAGCACUGCUUCCCGCAGUUGCUCAACAUUGGAAGCAAGCUGGUGAAUGAGGAGAGCUUGGAGGCUGCAGAAAUGCUGCAUACAGUGGUGAAGGCUUAUAAACAUGCUAUCUAUUUUGAUCUGCCGCCGUAUCUUAGAACCCACCAGGCAACCGUUGACUGGUGUACCUUAUUUUUGGGAAUUGUUGCAAAGGCCCCCCCAGCUGUUUCUAUGCCCGAAGAUGUGGACGAGAGGGAGAGUAAUCACUGGUGGAAGUGCAAAAAAUGGGCUUACGCAAACUUGAAUCGGCUUUUCAUUAGAUAUGGAAACCCAACCACGAUUACGAAGAAUACGUCUACCGAUGCAGUCACACACGCAAAAUCGUUUAUUACCACCUUUACUCCGGAAAUCUUGAAAGGCUAUCUUCAGGAAGUUGAGAAGUGGAUCAAAGGCCAGUGGCUCAGUAAACCUGUACUUUCUUAUACUUUGAUCUUCCUCGAGGAGUGCGUGAAGCCCAAGUCGACAUGGGAACACCUGAAGCCUCAUAUGGAUACCCUCAUCGCACACCUGGUCUUCCCUCUACUAUGUCAAUCAGAUGAGGACCUCGAACUGUUUGAAACCGAUCCUCCGGAAUACCUUCACCGAAAACUGAACUAUUACGAAGAGAUCUCAGCGCCUGACGUUGCAGCAACCAACUUUUUGCUUUCACUCACCAAAAGCCGGAAGAAGCAAACGUUUAACAUCCUGCAAUUCGUUAAUGGUGUUGUCAGCAAAUACGAAUCCGCACCUGAUGACCAGAAACUCCCUAGAGAGAAAGAAGGUGCCCUGCGCAUGAUUGGGUCUCUCGCCACGGUGAUUUUAGGCAAGAAAAGCCCCAUUGCUGAUCAAGUUGAAUACUUCUUUGUCCGCCACGUAUUCCCUGAAUUCCGCAGUCCCCAUGGCUUUCUCCGAGCCCGCGCCUGUGAUACACUCGAGAAAUUCGAGCAACUCGAUUUCAAAGACCCUGAAAACUUGAUGAUUAUCUACCGUAACAUAUUACAGUCGAUGGCAGACGAGGAUCUACCUGUCCGCGUCGAGGCUGCUCUCGCUUUACAGCCUCUUAUUCGACACGAAGUGAUUCGCACUUCAAUGCAACAAAACAUCCCUCAGAUCAUGCAGCAAUUGCUCAAACUGGCCAACGAAGUUGACGUUGAUGCAUUGUCCAAUGUUAUGGAAGAUUUUGUCGAGGUGUUCUCUGCUGAAUUGACUCCAUUCGCGGUUGCGCUGAGUGAGCAGUUGCGUGAUACAUAUAUGCGUAUCGUCCAGGAGCUUCUAGAACGUCAAGCCUCCAAGGGCGAGGAUGAAACAUAUGGAGACUUCCUUGACGACAAGAGCAUUACGGCCCUGGGUGUUUUGCAGACCAUCGGAACCCUAAUUCUCACUUUGGAGAGCACUCCGGAUGUUCUACUGCAUCUUGAGACGAUUUUGAUGCCUGUUAUUACUAUUACUCUGGAAAACAAACUCUACGAUUUAUAUAAUGAGAUUUUCGAAAUUAUUGACAGCUGCACAUUCUCUGCUAAGUCUAUCUCACCCACUAUGUGGCAAGCCUUUGAGAUGAUUCACAAGACUUUCAAAGCUGGCGCCGAGUUGUAUCUAGAGGACAUGUUACCUGCUUUGGACAACUUCGUUUCAUACGGUACAGAUAUGCUUAUUCAAAAUCCUGCAUAUCUUGGAGCUAUUGUGAGCAUGGUGGAAGAUAUCUUCCACGACGAGAAAGUCGGAGGAGUUGAUAGAAUUUGCGGAUGCAAGCUUGCCGAGGCUUUGAUGUUGAACCUCCGCGGAUACGUCGACCAAUACGUCCCCAUCUUUAUUGAGCUUGCCAUGAAGGUGAUCAACAGUGGCGAUGCCAAGACGAAGUCAUACCGCGUUCACCUGAUGGAAAUGGUUGUCAACGCCAUCUACUACAACCCAGCGCUGUCUCUACAAGUCCUCGAGGCUAAGGGCUGGACGAAUAAAUUCUUCAGCGCCUGGUUCUCCAACAUUGAUAAUUUCCGCCGUGUUCACGAUAAGAAGUUGUCCAUUGCGGCUAUCAGUUCUCUCCUGACGCUGAAAGCCGGUGAUGUGCCAGCAAGUAUCCAACAGGGCUGGCCACGGUUACUGCAAGGCGUUACUCGGCUCUUCCAGACCCUUCCAGCCGCACUCAAGCACCGCGAAGAAGCUACUCGGGAGUCGGAUUAUACUUAUGACGAUGAGGACGAGGACGAAUUAGAUGGUGAGACUGAGUGGGACGGCGAGGUGGAAUGGAACGACCAGGAUGAAGCCGAAGGAACUGGAGACGACGAUGUGGCUGAUGAAAAUACUGCUUAUCUCGACUUCCUUAGCCAAGAGGCACAAAAAUUCAGCUCCUUUGCGGACGACGAUGACGAGCUGGAUGAGGAGAGUCUGCUUGAAACGCCUCUUGACAAAGUCGAACCAUACAGUCUAUUUAAGAAUGUCAUGCUCGGAUUACAACAAGAGCAACCACAGCUAUACGAGAGUUUAACCAAGAUCUUAACUUCUGAAGAGCAGCAAGUUAUACAAUCAGCAUUCCAAGAAGCUGAUAAAGCUAGCGCUGCUAUGGCUGUGAGUUUGGAGAAUGGUGGUGGUAAUUAA